UGGCAACAUUACGCGGCUGCCUACGUAACGCGAGCCUUCCGUCCGUCCCUGCGGAAGAGAGUCGGCUGGGGAAGAAAAGAUGGUUUGGGGAGAGGCCAAGGGGCCAAACUCUCUGAACUAAUGACAGGGAAGAGGUUCUCUGUGCUUCCGUCAAUUUAAUCAUUUUCCUUGAUGUGAAUUUACCUAUAGGCUAUAAUAUACCGAGACAAAUACUACACACACACACACACUUAAAAAAAAAAAAAAAAAAAAGACCUUGCGCUGGCCACUGUUGCUGCUUGGAAGCAUUGACCGCUGAAAGUGAAGCUAGCGUGGGACUCCACCUUUCCACCGGAGGAGCUUGACGCUGACAAGUGGAUAUUGAGAGGCAGAUUCGAAUCGGAUAUGGUGAAUGUUGGUGGAGAUGACGAUAGCCAAAUAGUUGCAAGUAGCUGAGGGAAGUCUAAUUGGAGAAACUAGGCAGAGAUGGGGGAUAGUUCAAGUUCGGGAUUCAAGGAAUAUGUGGCCGGUUUGCUCGCUGGGGUUGCGACUGUAGCUACGGGUCAUCCCUUUGACACUGUGAAGGUGAAGCUGCAAAAACACAAUACUGAAGCACAUGGGAUUCAUUAUAGAAGUGGUCUGCAUUGCACUGCUAAGAUACUGAAGACUGAGGGAAUUAGAGGACUUUAUAGAGGAGCAACAUCAUCUUUUAUUGGGAUGGCUUUUGAAAGCUCACUGCUUUUUGGCAUUUAUUCCCAGACUAAACUAGCCCUCCAGGGUGGUCUGCCAAGCAGUGCACCACAGCCUCAUGUAAUAAUACCAUCUGCAGCUUAUGGCGGUGCCAUAAUCAGUUUUGUGUUGUGUCCAUCAGAGCUGGUGAAGUGCAGGAUGCAAAUCCAAGGCACUGACUCUUUGGUUCCCACGUCCAGCAGAUACAAGAGUCCUCUUGAUUGUGUCCUAAGAACUGUAAAAACAGAAGGGGUGGCUGGAAUCUUUCGUGGUGGUUAUACAACGUUGCUUAGAGAAUCAAUAGGAAAUUCUGUGUUUUUCAGUGUUUAUGAAUAUGUGCGUUAUCACAUGCAUUCACAUAUUAAAUCUGCCUCGUCCAAUUACAGUAACUUGAUUGACAUGGGAAUUGGGAUCGUUUCUGGUGGCCUCAGCGGUGUAGCUUUUUGGUUGGCUGUUUUACCCCUGGACGUGGCAAAAACAAUUAUUCAGACUAAUCCCGAUAAAAAAUGUCCGAAGAAUCCUUUUCAUGUCUUGAGUAAUAUUUACGGGAGGGCUGGAUUAAAUGGGCUUUAUACAGGCUUGGGUCCCACAGUAGCUCGAGCAUUUCCUGCUAAUGCAGCCGCAAUUGUAACCUGGGAACUAGCAAUGAAAAUGUUAGGCAUUAAACAUGACUAAGAGUCCCCCUCUGACAUUUUCUAGUGGCUGGAGAAAUAGAAUGAUUUUUAAAGUAGGUUCCAGCAUUGCAUUGCCAUGAGAAACACAGCUCGGUUAGAGUAGUUGGAAGAGGUCGUGAUUGCAAACCAACCAACCACCCCCCCUUCAUUUUUUUUGUUUUUAAAUUCUGUAUCAUUUUUUCUUCAUUCAUGUCAUUUGGAUAGAAAAUUAUUUUCAUUAGAAUUUCAUUCUUAUAUCGGUUCACGCUAAUUGUUUCCCCAUUCAUGUUGAAAGCUGAAAGUGAGAAAGAAAGCAGAAAAUUUUAACAA